AUGUCUGCACACGACAGCAUUGUCAUUGUUGGCGCGGGCAUCAUUGGCCUUGAUGUCGCCCUGGUCCUUGCGGAACGAGGUUAUGGCCAGUCUAUUACUGUCAUUGCUGAGCACCUGCCUGGCGAUACCGCUCUGAGCUAUACCUCCCCGUGGGCUGGUUGCAACUUCUCGGCCAUCUCAGGCACAGACACCAAUGCCUUGAGAUGGGACAAACUCGGGUACUUUCACUUGAGCAAGUUGGCCUCUGAAAGGCCUGAGAAAACCUAUGUUCGACGGACACCAUCCACCGAGCUGUGGGACGACAAUGUUCCUCAUGACAAGAUCAAGACCAUGUCUGAGUAUCUCGAAGAUUUUCAACCUUUGUCCGCCGAGCAGUUGCCUGAGGGAGUCAAGUUCGGUGCAUCUUUCACAACACUAACAGUCAAUGCUCCCAAGCACCUGCUCUACCUCUACCACAGGCUGAAGCGGGACUACGGCGUCCGAUUCAUUCGACAAAAACUUCCUAACCUCCAAGCAGCCUUCUCUAGUCACUCCACUCAGAUUGUUUUCAACUGCACUGGAAACGCGGCCAAGUCACUUCCUGGAGUUGAAGACUCCAAGUGCUACCCAACGCGGGGCCAAGUUCUGUUGACGCUUGCUCCUGAAGUACAGACGAAUAUCAUGAGGCACGGCAAGGACUACGAGACCUAUGUCAUCCCUCGGCCCUAUUCCAAAGGACACGUGAUCCUUGGCGGAUAUAUGCAGAAGGGAAAUGGAGACGGUGCCACUUACUCGUACGAGACUGAGGAUAUCCUGGAUCGUACAAAGGAGCUUAGUACCGAGGUCCGAGAAAGUGAUAUUGAGGUCAUCGCUGCAUUUUCUGGCCUACGACCUUCUCGUGAGGGUGGUGCUCGAGUGGAACGGGAGGACCUGUCUAUUACGGGCCAGAAGCGUACCGUCAUCCACAACUAUGGAGCAGGCGGUACUGGAUUUCAAGCUGGCUAUGGAAUGGCAGUUGAUGCCGUCAGCGCUGCUGAGCCCCUGCUGUCCGAGAUUCGAGCCCUGUUGCGAUCCAAGUUGUAA